AUGGAGAUUUUAGUGCUACUAUAUGGUGCACUUGCCUUGGCAAUCUUGAAAUUAAGCUUUUCAUGGUGGAUUUCACCCUUCAAAACACAUCAAAAACUCAAAACAUGUGGGUUUGGAGGUCCACCCCCAAGUUUCCCACUUGGAAACAUUCAAGAAAUUAAAAAGAAGAACACUAAUACACUCAAUUCUUCUUCUACUUUAAACUCAUCAACCACCACCACCACCCAUGAUAUACACGCCACCGUGUUCCCCUACUUUUCUCGGUGGCAAAAUUCUCAUGGGAAGGUGUUUAUCUAUUGGCUGGGUACCGAACCAUUUUUGUACAUUGCGGAGCCUGAGUUCUUGAAGAAAAUGUCCUCAGAGGUUGUAGCAAAAAAAUGGGGAAAACCGAAUGUUUUUAAAAAUGAUAGAAAACCCAUGUUUGGGAAUGGUUUAAUUAUGGUUGAAGGAAAUGAAUGGUUUCAUCACCGCCAUGUUGUGGCCCCUUCAUUCUCUCCCAUUAAUUUGAAGGCAAUGGCAAGUAUGAUGAAGGAGUCCACAGAGCAAAUGAUGGAGAGGUGGAUUACCCAAAUUAACUCCAGCAACCGCGAAAUCGACGUCGAGAAGGAGAUCAUAGCGACAGCAGGAGAGAUCAUAGCAACAACAAGCUUUGGCAUGAAAGACCAAAAAGCAAGAGAAAUAUGUGAAAAGCUAAGAGAAUUACAAAUGAUACUUUUCAAGACAACAAGAUAUGUUGGUGUCCCAUUUGGCAAAUGGUUCAACACAAAGAAAACCCUAGAAGCAUGGAAACUAGGGAAGGAGAUUGACAAGCUCUUGUUGCAUGUCAUAACAAACCGAAAGGAUUCAAACAACAAAGAAAAGGAUCAAAAAGAAGAUUUAUUAGGGUUGUUGCUUGAAGCUAAUAGAAAAGUUGAUGAGAAAUUAGGGAAGACAUUGAGCACAAGACAACUUGUGGAUGAGUGCAAGACUUUCUUUUUUGCUGGCCAUGAAACAACGGCAUUGGCUAUUUCUUGGACUUUGUUUUUAUUAGCUGUUCAUGAAGAUUGGCAAAUCCAAUUAAGAGAUGAGAUUAGAGAAGUGGUGGGUGAUAAUAGAGAGAUUGACACUAAUGCCCUUUCUAGCUUGAAAAAGAUGAAGUGGGUAAUGAAUGAAGCUGUGAGGCUUUAUCCACCAGCACCAAAUGUUCAAAGGCAAGUAAGAGAGGACAUUAAAGUUGAUAAUAAUUUCACAGUGCCAAGUGGUACCAACAUAUGGAUUGAUGUUGUGGGAAUGCAUCAUGAUCCAACUCUAUGGGGAGAUGAUGUGAAUGAGUUUAGGCCAGAGAGGUUCAUGGAUGAUGUCAAUGGUGGAUGCAACCACAAGAUGGGGUACUUGCCAUUUGGAUUUGGAGGGAGAAUGUGUGUUGGUAGGAGCUUGUCAUUCAUGGAGUAUAAGAUUGUGUUAACCCUACUUCUCUCUAGGUUUAGCUUCAAACUCUCACCAACUUAUCAACAUCAACCUUCUAUCAUGCUCUCCCUUAGGCCCACUCAUGGAAUUCCUCUCAUAGUUGAAACCCUAAUUUAG